UUUAUCCAGUCAACUCAAAGAUAUUUAUUUUUUCUUCAAGUCAAACGAGAUAUACUUCAAGGGAGAUUACCUGUUACUUACGAUGAAGCCAAAGAACUCUGUGCUUACGCCGUUCAAUCUGAAUUGGGCGACUUCGAUCCGAAUCGUUACACGUCUGGAUAUAUUUCUGAGUUCAGAUUUUUACCCAAUCAGACUGAAGAACUGGAAGAUGAACUGGCAGCCUUACAUAAACGAUUAGUAGGUCAGGUACCUGCUAUAGCUGAAUAUCGUUAUCUAGAGAAAGCUAAAUGGUUAGAAAUGUACGGAGUAGAUCUACAUCCAGUUUUGGGAGAGAAAAGUUUGGAGUAUUUUUUAGGUUUAACACCAACUGGUAUUGUAGUAUUUAAAAAUAAAGCUAAGAUUGGGAAUUAUUUCUGGCCAAGAAUUUCAAAAGUUACAUUUAAAGGAAAAGUUUUUAUAAUCAAAGUACGAGAUAAAAGUAACGAUGAACAUAGUUACGCUUUUGAACUACAAACGAAAUCAGCCUGUAAACAUUUAUGGAAAUGUUGUGUGGAGCAUCACGCGUUCUUCAGACUGACACGAGUUCACGAUGGUUCAAAUACAACUAAAAUAUUUAGUCUGGGUUCUAAACAUCGCUACAGUGGUAGGACAGAACGACAGGCCCAAGCAGAUCAACUUACCCAUAAUACAUCACAAAGCGUUAUACGUGUUGCUAGCAGACGACAACAGAGAAGAAUAAAUUCUGAUACCAGAUUAAAUGAUAAUUCUAAUAGAAUACAGAUAACUGAUGGUGGUCAUGUUACCAUGGUGAUGGCACCAGAACCUGUCAGAGCGCCCCGUCAUAGAAGUUUACCAGAAUUACAAGGGACAGAAUCACCCAGGAGUACGAGAUCAGCACCCUGGGAAAAUAACCAUGAAGGGGGUUUGUACACAACUGGUAAUUCCCCGAUCUCAGCUCGUAGUGAUAAAAUGUUUUUUCCUCGACAUAACCGUGGCGUGUCGGGUAGUGACAGUGAAAGUGGGGUCAGCCACAGGAGAAAAUAUUUUCCGUCCAGUCGUAAAGGUUCUGAUGGUGAAAGUGAUGUCUCUAUUCCAAGAAGAAGAAGACGAGAAGGUUUAGAUAGCGGUAGUGAAUCCGACGUUUCGUAUCGUUUCGCUCUACAGAACCGUAGAAACAGAAACUCAAACGAUAAUAUAUUACAGGAUCGUUCAGAACUUCCACCCAUGUUGUUUCCAUUUGCUGAUAAAGAAAAUCGUCCAAAUGGAUCUGUGCCGUCACUUCAUUCUGCUCCUGGUGGAGACGCCAAACAACGCAGACGAAGAAGAAGAAGUAAAUCACCUGGUAAUAAACGACCACCGGAAGAAUUAAAACAACAUUUCGAAUAUGAUUUGGUUGAUACAGAAGGUAUGACAGAUGAACAAUUAAAGGAUAUAGCAUUUGUUUCUGUAGAGACUAAAGCAGAACCUUUUAGAGUUCGUUUAUCACCUCGAAGUCGACAGAAAGCUCGAGUUAACAGACAUCGAAGCUUUGGAGAGACUGACAGAUAUUCCCAGAACAGCAAAAGUGAUAUACAGAGUGCUCCCACUGUAACCAUGCCAGCUCACCAAUCAGGUCUAAGAACUAAAAGUUAUUCUGGUUUAACCAAUCAAAAUCAAGAUAACAUUUUACCUCCUAGUGGUUAUAGUAACUAUAGCAAUAAUUAUCGUGAUAAUCAAAAUGGUCGACCACCUCAUCACCGUGGACAAAAUAGUACCUACAGAGAGCAGGAUAGAGAAAGUAGUGCUGCUAAUGGAGAUCAUCGGAGGAAUUUGACACAGCAAAAUAGUUCUGGUGGUGUGAAUAGGCGUGAUAUGGAACAAAAAAGUAGUGCAGGUAGUGUUAGUCGUAGGGAUCCGUCACGUAGAAAUAAUUACGAACAAUCGGGAAUGAAACCUAGACCGUCUGAAAUUGAGGCCAGUUUUAACCGAAGAUCAUACAUAUCGGACGAUAUACCAAACUUUGAUAAUUCCCAGCAUUCAAAUUAUUCCAAUCCUGCAGAUAGAGACAAUUCUAAUCGCUAUGGUAACCCACGUCAGGAACGACAAGACCGGUUUUCUUCCUAUAGCAAUAAAAGUUACGAAGCAGCUCAAAAGAGUUUUAAUCAAGAUACCGAAAGAACUAGAAAUAGUGCGGAGCGAUCCAGAAAUAGUGCGGAGCGAUCAAGAAAUAGUGCAGAGCGGACCCGAAAUAGUGCAGAGCGGUCCCGGAAUAGUCCAGAGCGUAAUUCUAGGAACAGUCCUGAAAGAAGUUAUCGUGGAUCUAGCGGUAUUAAUUAUAAUUCUACAGAUUACCAGACCCAGCAGGAAUAUGCUGUACCGGAUAGGUCUCAUUUUAGAAGUUCAAGUCAAAUACAACAAACACCUCAGUCUACUUCCUCAAAUUAUCCAAAUAGUCAACAAAGACCACAGUCUGCAGUGUAUAAUAACAGUUACUCUCGAAAUACUUCAACAACGAAUCCACCACCUGCAUCAUCUUAUAAUCCACAACCCCAACAUCCUAAUACAUCACCUAGAAAUCCCAGAUAUACCACAGCUAAUAAUAAUAAUAUACCAUCGAAACCUGGUGUCAAUUAUAAUAAUAACACUGAUUAUAGAAAUCCUAAUGUCAGUAACCAAGGACAAGAUUUAUCAUAUAGAUCUAACGGUAUUGGUAACCAGUCCGUAUCUACGGAUUAUCAUGGACAAAAUGGCCGACAGACUUACAGACCACAGAUAAAUCACGCUGGAACACCGCCCAGAAAUACGAGCACACCACCACGUUCGAUGGCAUAUCUACCGCCAUCACAUCCUAGCAACCUUCCGUCUCCGUCAACCAGUGAACCAUCAGCCGUAAAUCGAAGUUUAAGUAGCAGUAUGAAUUCAGAAGUAAUGGCUCACAUGAUGCGUACGAAUCGUUAUAAUUCAGAUCUUUGCACAGAAUUAUGAUCCACUGAUGAUUGUAGGAAAAGCAAUUCAUAUUAUAAAUGAAAUGAAAUGGGGUUUAACGUCCUAACUGGGCAAAUGAGGGAAAUUUUCCCCUGACAGCGGCACUGUGGCCGACUCUUAUAUCGAAUUCCAACUGUCAAGGGAUCUUUUAUGUGCACGACAAUGUGUACACAGGACCUCGGUUUCUGCCCCAUCCGAAUGACUAGACAGCUGUCCUUGUCAGGCCCUCUGUUUUGCAUCACUGACAAGGGGGAACCACGCUGGAAAAUCUUGAUGAACUUUCUUGGUCAAUGCAGGGACCGAACACCCGGAUGGGACAUUAGCUACACCUAAAAACACUUUCAAUUGGAAUUUGGUAAAGAGUAGGUGGGAACGCCGCUGUCCAGGCAAAGUAGGAGUUAAACCCCAUCUCAUUUCAUCAUUUGAAAAAAGAACAGUAUAUAUGUGUAAAGAAUGUAUUUAAAAAUUUAAUUUUCAUAAAAAAUUACAGGAAGUUUAACUACACUGUGUAACUAGUUGGAGCAGAACAUUAGGACAUUAAACUCCAUUUCAUUUCAUUUCACACUGUGUAACUUGGUUUAAAAUCACAAGGUGGGUUAAUCUUUGGAUUAUUGCUGGCAGAGGUGGGAAAAAAAGUCCCAGGACUCAGAUUCGCGUCCGAUUUCAAAUAUUCAUCUCAACUUGCGACUUGAAAAGUGAGGGGUUAUAACAUAACUUGCUUUAUACGACAUGAAUUGCUGACUCAUUUGAUGAACAGGACUUGGGUUUUGUGAAGAUUCGUACUUUGGACUUUGUAAAGACUCCGUACUUGGGACUUGGACCCUCAACUUGUUCCAAUCUCUGACUCAUUUGAUGAACUGGCGACUUGAACAGGACUUGGGUUUUGUGAAGAUUCGGUACUUGGGACUUUGUAAAGACUCCGUACUUGGGACUUCGUAAAGACUUGGGACUUGGACCCCCAACUUGUUCCAACCUCUGAUGGCUGGUAGUUCUGUCUCCGCUGUAUUGUUUGUUGUCUGGUUGUUGUUGUGUAGUUAUCCUGUAUUUGUCUAAUGGUCGCGAUGAAAUCAAGGUGUAUAUUUUAUUACCAUGUGUAUUUAUAUAUUUUAUUUAUAUAUUUUCUCUGUCAAUAUUUAAACAUUUUACAAGAUAUUUUAAGCAAAGCUCAUUUUACAUAUUGAAGAUUUACAAGCCUGGGCCCUUAUUCACGAAAACUUAAACUAAGAUACAAUCGAAAUUUUAAGAAAUACUGCAAUUCGAUUGGCUGACCAGUAAAAUCAAUUUGUAUAUAUCCAAUGAAGUUGCAGUAUUUCUUAAAAUUUCAGUUUUAACUUAGUUUAAGUUUUCGUGAAUAAGGGCCCUGGAAAUAAGGCACCUGUAACAGACAAUGUCAGGCACAGGUUCAGGCUUUGUCAGACUCAAAACCUCUUGUGCCUGUCAUUUUGUCCGAAACUGAUUUGUCGUUUUUUUAUUGAUAUUAUUAAUACAUGUCCGGCACUAAGUUGAAAAAUGUUGGACACUAUUUCAUUAGAGCCUGAUAUUUUGUCGGGUAUAUCUAAAACCGUUAUUUCCAGGCCUGUUGAAGAUGAUGAUGGCAUGAAACAUGUGAUUCAGGCUUACACUUAAUUAUCAAUGGCAUAACUAGAGCUUUCACUUGUAAAUUUAGCUAUCGGUUUUAAGUCAAUUUUUGACGCAUGUUUACCUGUGGAUUAUGGCCCCUGAUUUACAUAUAUUGUUUACCUCUGAUUGGCAAGACAAUUUUCAGCAUUCUACCAGUUUCUUAAAAUAUUUUAAGUCUCUUUCAAUUGUCAGUAUAUUUCAUAUAUUUUUGCAGUACCUGUCUUAUUUCAUAUAUUUUCACUAUAUUGCAGAUCUUGGUUUAGACCUGAAAUGUUAUCUAAAUUAUUAAUUAGACAUUAAUUAACUGAUCAAGGCUAUAAUCAACUCUCAAUAGCAUCGGAUUUCUCCGAUAGAUUAGAACAGUUCAGCCUUAUUUUAAUUUAAUUUAAAAAUGGAGGAGCGAGAUUUACCUUCGAACAACCAGUACGGUGGUUGCAAUUAUUGCACACGUCUUGUCAAACCUUCAAAGGCUAAUAUCUUAGCUCACGAUAUAGUAAUUGGAAUGAAAUUUUCAAAUUAUUCAUUUUACAUUAUUUAUUUUCUCACUAUUACAGCAAGAAUGGCUAGCUCUUUAUCUAAAUCUUACAUAAUGUAUCUUUAAGUUGCAUUAUCAAUGGCAUUUCCUGUAGUAACUCGUCAAAAUAAAGAUGCACUAUGUAAGUGCUAAAUUUUCCUAUUUUAGGUGUUUUCUCUGGUUUAAAAUCUGAUAUAAAUUAUGUUUUAGACAUUCAUACGCAUGACAAGCCUAUAAUCAACUGUCUAGUACAUCAGAAAGCGGAUAUUUAAAUUGAUUUGAACACCAGCAAUAUUUAACAAUGAAAUGGAUAAUUAUGACUUAGUCUUGGUUGUCGGGUACCGUUGCUACGAUAAUAAACGAUCUACGCUACAUCUUUAAACAGUCAUAACUUCACUCAGAAUAAAGUAAUUUGAAUGAAAUUUAGAUAUAUUCAUUUCUCAUUGUCUUUUUUGGAACUUUUAUAGCACAAACGACCAGUCCUUUAUCCAAAUCUUACAUAAUGCAUCUUUAAACUAUUAUAGCAAGAACAACCAGCCCUUUAUCUAAAUCUUUAAAACUUGGCUCAGAAUAAAGUAAUUUGAAUCAGAUUUUCAAUAUAUUCUUUUUGCAUUAUCUAUUUUGAAACUUUUAUGGUAAGAACAACCAGCCCUUUAUCUAAAUCUUACAUAAUGUAUCUUUAAACUAUUACAACAAGAACAACCAGCUCUUUAUCGAAAUUCAAGAACAACCAGCUCUUUAUCUAAAUCUUUAAAAAUACAGUGACAUCUUGGCUAAGAAUAAAGUAAUUUGAAUCAAAUUUUCAAUAUAUUCAUUUUGCAUUAUCUAUUUUGAAACUAUUAUAUCAAGAACAACCAGCGCUUAUCCAUAAAGUGUGUUUAUUUUUAGUGAAAUCUAUUUCUAUAUGUCUUAUAAGAAUUAUCCUUAU